AUGGACGGGCUUUUAACGGCAGUCAAAACAGUUACGCGCGACUCGCGACCGUCUCUGGAGUCUACAGCAGAUUCUAACAAACAUGGCUUGGAGCGCCGCACAAAUAUAUCAGAGCUGGCAAGAGACCCAACAUCACCAAUUUAUAUCCUGGACGUGCUGAAGUCAAGACCUGAUCGUGAUCACCUCUCGCAAGUGCUCAAUGUGUUGGAUCCAUCGAACAGGAGCAUCACGCCAGAUCAAUUCGAUAUCAGAAUCCCAAGUCCGAUAUCAGCUCAAAUUCUCCAGACCUUAGUCAGCGUCACUAUUCCUGAUGUCUGGGACACAUUAAAUGCGAAAUCCAAGGGUUCUAGAACGGCUGGAUCUAAACUGCGAGGGGCCUUGCUGAGAUGUCUGUGCAGCGUUGCCGGCGUGAGCUCGUUGGUGGCCCAGCUUCGUUCCUUGAUAGCGGCUUCUCGUUUAUCGUCCGCAGAGGCGAAAGGCUCCAGCAGUGACAUUCGAGUUAGAGAUAUCCUUGAGGUGCUUUCUGCUCUGUUAGAGCCGAGCGACUUUCUGUUCCGAAUGUAUAUGGAUAUCUCUACUGUCUAUCCUAAUGAGACGCAAAAGCAGGUUAGCUGGCGAGAGCUCAUUUCGCUCAUUGCCGCCAGUAGAGUCUUAUCUACUGCAGCAGAGUCUCUUACAUUGGUCAAAGAUUUCUCCAGAUUAAACAAGGUCUCUUGGGUUGGAGAGGGUCCCAAGUAUGCAUCCUGGAUAGGUGAUAAUAUCUGUCGGUUCUGUUCAAAGAUCGACUUUAACGACGAGGAUGCUUGGAAAGCGAUUGCGUCUUUUACGGGACGGGUAUUGAGCCUUGGAUAUACAGGUCAAUUGGUCAGCGGUGUUUACAGCGGCCUUCUCAUUGACCAGACCUUUCCGAAGCAAUUCGGCGCACUUGUCGAUCAUCUACGGAUGACGGAGCAGGUAGCAGUGACAGAAGCCGUCUUCCGUGAUGUUGAGAAAAGAUUUCUCUCGGAAGAUCUCCCCAUUGAAGCGGAUCCGACUUCGAACCAAACGAUCAGUGGCGUGGCAACCUUGUGCUCAAGCGUCAUUUCCAAUCGACCACACCUAGAGAGCCAGGUUGUGGACUGGCUCUCGAAGGGGCAGGGUGGUUCUAUUCAGACGGUUGGACUACGCAGAGCACUUGUGACCAUGUUUGCAGACAACACUGGGGCAGACUACCUGAGAAAUCUGUUCAUAAAAAGUCUCGGGCAGUUUGGCGACAAGUUUUACAUUAAACAUGCACCAAGCAGGUGUCAGGAAGCAAAUACACAAGCCGUUCUCCUAGCUGCUGGUCACCUCCAACGAACAGAUCCCAUGACUGUGAAAGAAAUAGGACGUUCUGGUAUCUUCCUAAGCGGUGUCUCGAACCGCCUGGCAGCAUCAUCUAUCAGGGCACGCUUCUUGGGCAUUAUCGUCGGUACUGCCAUCUCGCAACUAAUUGAAGAGUCCGGGAAAGGCAUGAAAUUCGACCUCGAGGAGAUGGAAAGCGAAGAGGCACUGUGGUAUCUGAAUCUCAUCAAUAUGAAAGACACCCUUGGGUCUUUGGACUCAAUCCGCACUCCGGCACUCAAGACGCAGAAACCCGCCAGAAACUUGUCUUCAGAUCCUACUUCCCAACCACGAUCCAAACCGCAGUCUUCUAAGAUUGUGGCCAUCGAAGAAAUAGAAUCUGAAAAUGAAGAGGAAGAGGAAGACGACGAUCUAAUCCCUUACGAGAAACCAGACGACGACCCAUCCGACGACGACGAUGACCCAACGUUAGUCCAGAGAAACAAACCAAUAGCACCAGUGUAUAUUCGCGACCUCGUAACAUACCUCCGAGACGCAGACAACAUCGACCGCUACAACCUCGCAAUCUCCAGCUCCCCAUCUCUGAUUCGCCGCAAAACCGGCUUUGGUACUGAACUCACAGAAAACAUCGAAGAACUAGCCCUCACCAUCGUCGGCCUCCAAGAACAAACCGACACCCCGAAGUUUCAUGAACACAGACUACAGAGCAUGAUCGCGCUCAUCGUCGCUCAGCCACUGAAGAUGGGCCGCUGGUUCUCCGCCAUGUAUUUUGAAGGCGACAUCUCGCAAGUCCAGCGUUCUGCGAUCCUCACGGCUCUCGGUUUGAGUGCUCGCGAACUCGCCGGGAAUGGGGAGGAAGAUGCGAAACGCCUGGGUCUCCCCGCAAUACCCGACGCCUCCUUCCCGUCCAAGCGGUUAUCGGAAAGUCUGGAAGCGCUGUAUAAGACCGACGAGUCGCCAAUCUCAAGCUUAACCAAGCAGCUCUCCCAGGCAUCCCUCCAACCCUUAGCUGCAAACGCCGCAGAUUCAGCCUCCGGUCCCAACGCACUUAAAGUACGAACCUUCUCCUCGCGGAUGGAAGUCGAGAAGAAGCGCCAGCAGCGCGAGGCCCAGAAACACAAGUCAACAAUCAAAGAUCUCCACAAGGUCCUAGCAGAGGGAUUCUUCUACCCACUAAAGGGCCGGUUCGACAUGAUGAUGAUGCAGUUCUCCUCUUCCACAGCACCCUCCUACAACCCCUUCGCAACCCCCCACCUCCUCGCCCUCUUCCUCCAAACCCUCUCCCUCACCCUCUCCACAACAGGCCCGCACACCCCCCUCCUCCCAACCCUAACCCAAGAAUCCCUCUCCCUCCUCCUCUCCCUCUACACCCGCCCGGUCUCCGACGACCCAACCAUCCAAUCCGCCCUCCUCUCCUUCUUCCUUGCAGUCGUCGAUCUGAACAUCUCUUCUGGCGUUACUGGUGAAGAGCGUCUGGUGACGGACUUUGCGGCGCAGGUUAUGGAGUUGAGGGAGUGGGCUGGGGAGGUUUUUGAGAGGAUGCCUGCGGGUGUGGGUGCAGCGACGAAGGGGAUUGGGGUUGGUCCUGGUGGUGAUGAUGCGCAGGGGCAGGUGAGGACGUUGGCGGCGGGAGUUAUGGUUAGGUUGGGGGAGGUUGUGGAGAGGUAUCAGGGGAGGUUGAUGGGGGUUGGGGUUGGAUUUAAGUAUUGA